CGACAGCCAACAAAUUCGAGGAUCUUUCCACAGCUGCCGUGUUGGUUGCCUACGAUGGAAGACUCAUCGUGGGGACAAAAGCUACAAGUGAAACUUUCGACUUUAUCCGAAGCAUCAUCCAACGAAAGUUUGCAGACACUCGCCAAAUGGAUUGGUUUCAACCGCAAGCAUCACGAUGCGUUUUGUGCCGUGCUCAAGACGGCUCUAACUCCCGGGGGUAGUGCGUCUGCCGUGUCGUCCAAGCAACAGCUGAAUCUCUUUAAAGUUCUUUCUAUGGUACUGUUACUCGAAAAGGGUAACACCAAAAAAUGGGAUCGCUUUGCCGAGUUGCGCAUCGCCGUGGGUGAGUCGGUGAUUCUACCCGCCGUUGAACAGCAACCAACCAUACUAGACGCAUCGGUCAAAGACGCUCUCCCAACAAUGCUCAAGGAAUGGGAUGAUGCCAACGUGUUUGGAGGACCAACACUGAUUCAUCAGAUCCGGAAACAGCUGGAAGGACAAUCCCCGCCGGAGACUGUUGGUGACGCGGUAUCGAAAGAAAUGCCUAUAGUGGAAGCGGCGGCUCCAGCACAAGUUGAUGAGGCUGAAGCAAAGCAGGAUACUGCCUCCGAGAAUCCCCAUUCGUCUCCUUCUUUGAAAGCGUCUGUCGGCGUUGAGGACAAGGAGACUCCUGCCGAUCAAGGAAUGAUCGAACCCGAAGGCUCCAAGAAUACGGUCGUCGCCGCGGACGAACCAACCGUUACGUACGAUUUUGAAUCUUCCGGCACCGAGCCCAAAAAAGUCGCCCCAAAAGACUUUUUGGAACCGUCCCGCCCAAUUGCUACUUUACAGAUUGCGCGAGAUCUGCGCAAUGACAGUGCCGUUCAACUUUCCGCACUUUUGUCCUCACUCCCUGAAGACAUCCGCAAAGUAUGCGCCGACGCUGCCGAAUCCGAGGCCUCCCUAGUAGAACUCGAAGACGUGCGUGCCCGCGAUUUCGCCGUCCGCACCAACGAAGCCUUGAUUGACAUGGACGUCGCGGAGCAAAUCGCGAACGUGCGCACGUAUCGGAGGAUCGUGCAACAAAUUCGUCAGGCCCGCCAAUCGUUGCUCACUCUUGUGCUACAGAGUAGAUGCCAGUUUGGUGCAGACGAAGCCGCAGAGGCAUUCCUCAAUGCGGACCGAGCCAAGGAAGAACUUCGUAAGCGCAAACAAAUAUUGGUGGACGCCAUGGAAUUGGAAGGGAUCGAUCCACAAGAUGAAUCAGACACGAAAAAUGCAACGGAAGAGAUCAAGCUUGCGCCGUUGUCUUGGUAUAAUCCAGAAGGCAAGACCAACGAACCAGACGCGAAGCGCAUCAAGGCUGUAUCCUCCUCAGUGACGUGAAAUCUAGGCAUAGAAGCCCUUUGAUGUUCAAUGAUUGCAAUGCAUCCACCCAUCGCGAAACAAUGCAAAAAAUAUUCGAACGAUGACGAUGAUUCUUAGCAGCGUGAGCAGCUGAAAGGCCGCCUCCCUCGAACACACGUAUACUGCUUCGGUCCUACGUAACUUGCGGCAUCUCCCAAGAAAAAUUACCCGGCCUUGGGCAAGCGGAGCAAGGAUGGGGAAGGGGAUUACGGUGGACUAGCUGCAAGUAUCGGAGAACUUAAAGCGCACAACUGUAGUACGCGAACGUUCAAUUACUUAUGAAAGGAAGUUAUUCUUU